CCAAACCAGUCUUACGUUUUCUAAGUUCUCUAGUUACCAAAAACGGGUAUUUCCAAUUACCAGUUAUUCUAAGUGACAGUAAAUCAAGCCCAAAGCUAACAACGGUAAUCUUCUCGGAAUAAAAAUAAAAGAAAUUGUUAUGUUUAAUUAAAUAAUGAUUAGCCUUAAUUCUAAAUAGGUUAAAUAUAUUAAAUUUCAAUUUUGAUUUGAUAUGAUUAAUAUUAAUAUGAAUUCAUUUUGAGUGCAAGACGACAGACAUAAGUUAAAGUCAUUAGUCAUUAGUUGUAGGCAGGUAAGAAGUCCUUAGACUUAGACUUAGUUAGAAGUGUAGUGUAAACCAAAAUGACCAAAUUAAAUGUCACAAAAUGAAAGUGUAAGGCAAGGCAAGGACGCAACUAAACUGUGUCUGCAUUAUUUCAUGUCAGUGUGUCUACUGUGACAAUGACAAGUGAAAUUUAGUAUACAUUUAAAAAAAAAACCUACUGAAAAUCUUAAAUGGUCCUUUCAUAAAUUACGUGAAAUUAUAUAAUAAAAGCCCCCCUGGUCAACAAUAGUCAAAAUUUUGUAACCCUUCCUCAUCCCAUAAUUUAUGGACGGUCCCAACGUCAAAGAGUAUAGUAUAGACAUAAUGCCGCACCAAUAUAAUAAUAGGUCUAUAUAUUGUAUUUGAUGAUGUUACUUACACUACUUAGACCUACGGCUACUUUUGUAAGCACUUGUUGGCUUGAGUUGUGGAUCAUCCAUAAAUGACAUCACAAUAUUUUGGCAGUUUUUGUUGGACCCCCCAACCCCCCCCCCCACCCCUUACGGUCACAAAUUUGCUUCACAAAUAAGACACCCUAUUAAUGGGCUACGUCAUACAAUUUUUUCCCCACCCUCCCUCAUAGAUGUGUGACACUUAAACAUUUAAUGGGUCUCGCAUAACCUACCAGCAGCUUGAUAAAUGUUUGCAUAAAAUUUACAAAUUGUAAAUAAUUAUCUGUUAAAUUUUCAAACAGUAAAAACAAAAGAUGAACAGAAAAUAAAAUAUUAUUCCACUGGUUAUUUUAGAAUUGAACUCUGAGUGAAUUUUGAAGCCCAUCUUAAUGACAUAUGUUAGAAAUUAACAUGUGGCUGCCAACAAAAUACAAUUAUUUCCAUGCAACCCUCUUACUCUUAUAUAUGUAUCUUAUAUAUGUAGGUCUAUGUUAAUGAAUAUAUAAAUUAUUAGAAAACAAUGGGAAUUUUUACUUAAAUUUUUUUCAUUUCUUUGUUUUUCCUGACUUUUUUAUUUUGUAAUUAUAAUUGACCACAGUGUUGUCGAAGCAUUUUGUACCAUGAUUACUACUUUGGGCCAAAUGUUUAGGCACAUUUGUGUGUAAUGUGCUGAAUUGAUCAUUGGAGUUACAUGACUUUCAUUCUUCUAUCAUAGUAGACUAAGAUUUUUUUAUAUAGUGAACUUUCACUUGCAAAUGAUGUGCACUGUAUGAAAUUAUAUUUUUAAGAAAAAGAAUCAAGUAAACAUUUAAAUUAAGUUCUUUUAAGUCGUCUAACAAUAAUAUUAGAAUAUAACUAAGUUCUAACGAAUGUAAUUAUUUAAAUUUUUGUACUCUUUAGACAGAAAAACAGCAGUCUGAAAUAUGGCAAAUCUUGGAGCAGAAGACCAAAUGUCAGAGGAGUCUGAAGACAUGUCAUCAGAUGAAGAAGCAACAGAAGAUUUAGAUAGUAAGUUUCACCAGUGUCAAAUGCCUAAUUUAAGCCAGCUAUGGGCUUACUUAAUUAUUUCAAAUUAUAAAGUAUGCCCAUUGCAAGAACUGAACUAAAAACGUUUCACCUCUUACUUUAAAAGCCUCACUAAAGGGCCAUCCAUAAAUAAUGUCAUUCAAAUUUUGGCAAUUUUGGCUCCCCCUUUCCCCCAUCAUCACAAAAAGAUAGACCUCCUCCCCUAUAAUAUUAACUUCACAAAUGUCUGCGCUCUCGCUACCCUUCCCCACCCUUUAUAAAAAAAUUCAUCAGUUCACCACUGUCCUUUACAAACCCUUAAAAAAGUCACCCCAUGGAUAUCAAAUUACUGCAGCUGUGUCAGAAGCAUUUCCUUAGAACAAUGGUUCUUAAACAGGGAUCAAAGCACCCCACUAUGGUACGGAAGACCCAGAAAAUGAACAAGCAUUUGCUGCCAUUACUAGACUAGUUGUUCCUGCCUUUAAAAAUAAAAUAAUUUUUUAUGCAUGUUGAUUAGCAACAGUAAAUGUUUUUUCUGGUGAAUUUUUUGUGUGAAUUACUUGUGUGGGUAACUUUUUCUUGUUUCUAAAAUGUUAAUUAAAUAAAUAAAAGUACAAUAACUGAAUUAUUUAAUUAUUUUCUUUUUAAAAAUUUAAUUUAAUUACAAUAUAAUUUAUUCAGGGGUGGAUGGAUUGUGGGAAAUGUUAAUACCUGUCCUAGAGAAUUUAUUAACAUCACACACCCCCCACCCAUCAACCAUUUUUCGUUCCAUCUCACUUCACGUGGCAGCCCUAAUUCUAUAACUCCCUUCCCCACAUUUCGACAUAAAUUGUCAUGACUGUAACUUGAUCAGAUGCCAUGUCUGGGACCACUCAUACCUGUACUGAUUUUCACAGUUAUCGUAGUUUAAAAAUAAAAUAAUUUUAAAAAAAAUUGCUUAACACCCCCCCCCCUCCCAUUCACACAAUUCACACAUCAUCACAAAAAUGUGCCCCCCCCCCCACCCACGACGCAUGAUGUCAUUUAUGGAUGGCCCCCAGGUACAAAUUAUUUAAUAAUACUGAAAUGCCUUUACCUUUUACAUGAGUAGAACUUAUCCUAUUGUUUAGCCUACAAAAACCAAUACUUUGCAUGUAGUUCAAGAAUUGUGGGAUUUUUUUCACAUUGCCAAGUCUUUUCUAUCACAGGUGUGGAUGGUUUAAAGAAUUUCUUAAAGAAAAAUUUGGUCAAAUUUGCAAGCCGUUUACGGUGAGUUUUGUAGCGAAAUUGAACAUUCUUUGCCAAUAAGUUCCUCAGCAUCUUUUAGGGACAGCGGUAUUUGUAUCUUUAAAGUUUUAUUACUUAGGGUAAAAAAUGUAGGGAUCUUGUCGAUGCCUGGUUAACAUUUUGGAGGCCUGGUGCAAACAGUGCAACUGACCUAAUCACAAGAAAAAAUAUAUAACUGUUUUGGCAGUUAAGGAUUAUGAAGUUGUUUUAGGAUUGUUUUAAAUUUUUUUUUACAACUUCACCUGUUAAAAUAUAUUUAUUGAAUUUGAAAAGUCUUUCUUUAGAGCAGUGGUUCUCAACCUUAUUAAUCCCGCUACCCUUUAAUACAGUUCCUCAUGUUGUGGUGACUCCCCAAACAUAUAAUUAUUUUCGUUGCUACUUCAAAGGAAUAAAUGUGCCAAUCUGUCCUUGUCCACUUUUAACAUAAAUGAUACAUUUCAUCCAUUUUGUAUACCGGGUAACUGAAUAAAUUUCCCAGUUUCAGCCACCGUAACUGAUCCAUUUUAAUUAUUAAUUCUUUGUAUGUUAUAGAAUAUAACCUGACGAGAAUUUUCAAAUAUCUUACAUAUGAGCAGCGAUUAACAAAUAAUAUUCUUCCAGAUAUUCAAAAACCCAUAAAAUUUACAAUUAUCAGCACUUCCAAAUACUUAUGUAGCAUCUCUAAGUGUCAUUCCCUGUGAAACAAGAAAUUGACACUGUAGUCACUUCUUUCAUAUUCCAAUUAAAUUGUUAAAGAAUAAUCUGUAAGGAGUGGCAGUAAUUAUGUCAGGAUCAAUAGAUGAAGUUCACAACAAUUUAUAGGUGGUAUAGUUUCAGCAGCUGGAUGCAGUUCAGCACCAAUAUAAACAAUGUUCAUUCUAUAUCAACAAAAAUAGGCCAUAGGAAAUACAAAAAAAGAAUUAUAAUAAAUGAAGUUUCUUUUUUAACAUGAAAAAAAUAGAUUUGAAGGCAAUGGUAAUAGAACCCUAUUUACUCUGAUGUUGGCAAACUAUUUGAAUUUUAUUGACAAUUUUCUUUUUAGGAUUAAAAAAAGGACAGCCCCUGAGUCUUUCGAACCACCAUCAAUUCCCAGCACAGACUUCUCAGAGGGCAAAGACAAAACUAUGAAUAACACUUAUGAAUUCAACUAUCCCAGGAGAGGAUUGGCACUUAUAAUAGAUAACGAGCAUUUUCAACCAGCUGGCCCAUUUUCAGACAGACCAGGUUCCUCCUGUGACUCAAGGUCUUUAAAGAAGACGUUCAAUAGAUUAGGUUUUGAUGUAAUGAUGUUGAAGGAUUUAUCUUCCAAAGCAAUGUAUCAAACCCUUACGUCAGGUGAAGAAUAUACAAUUUGUUGAAAACAGGCAACUUAAACAGCUAAAUAAACUAAUUAAAUUUUUAUCAAUGUGGAGCAAAUGGCAUUCCAAAGAAAAAUAUAUUGGGAUACUACCGGUAGUAAAUAUCAAUGAGUGGAAAGUAUUGCACCAAUGCUAAGUAGAAAAUUAAAAUCUAAAUAGUAUUCAGUCAGUUGAUAUUCAAUCAGUUCUUAUUCAUCUGUAAAAAAAAAAAACGAUUUCUAAAAUUAAUGAAAGAAAUUAAAAAAUAUCAUGAAGGUAGUAUGUUAAUUGCUAUUUUUGCAUUCAAAUUCAAGCUUCUCAGGACUACAAUCAUGCUGCUGCAGACUGCUUUGUUUGUGUUAUUCUAUCUCAUGGACAUGAAAUAUUCAUUCAAAAAGAAAACUCGAGCACCGAGUCUUAUGUCCAUGUUAGACAAGAUAUUAUUUUUGGAGUUAAUGGAAAAGCUCUUGCUACUGAAAAAAUUCUGAACAUUUUCAAUGACUCGAGCUGUCCGGGCUUAGCAGGCAAACCAAGGAUAUUUUUCUUUCAGGUAUUUAUUUUAUUGCUCUAGAUAUGUUACCGUAACCAUGGUAAUAAAAAAAGACUUGAUUUAGAGAAAUUACCGUUUUAAAAAAAAAAUGUGACCAAUUUUUUUCCUUUUUCAUAGUGAUCAAUUUUUAAGAAUUUCUUUACUAAAAAAUUUAACAUGAAAGUAAAUAAUGGUCUUAAAUAAUGGUCUGUAAUAAUGGUCUUAAAUAGUCGUCUGUAAUAACUGUAAAUCAUCAAAAAGAAGGCAUGUCCCGAGGUAACAGUUACUUCAAAAGUUAUUGUAAAACAUUUUUGCACAAAAUCAGUUUAUUUCAAACAGUAACCCAAUAUGUCAAUCAUUUAUCUGCUGAUGUGGAUGUUUCUGCAUGAAAGUAAAGGCUGACUUGUUAGGUUUCUGGUGGUGUUUCUCUACAAAGUGAAGCAAGUACUGUUUCUGUUUGUGAAGCAAGUACUGUUUCCGUUCAUUUUGAUUUGUCGAGAAUUCAUUGAACGCCAGAAUCAAGGCCACCUCCCACUCAUCGUUGGCUGCAUUGCUGACAACUUUCAAACUCCUGACAAUGAGUUCACCAACAAUGUCGUCAAAGUCUCUGCUCCAUGUAUCUGGAUUAUUGAUGUGAAAAGUUUCUUGUGUAUCCAAUGCUGUGAAAAGUUUCCUGGUGUGUUGCUAUUUAAAGUCAGACAGCUGCCGCUUUAGUAGUGAUGGGUGGAAGGCAAUGCAUCUAGAAUUUCACUACUAGAAUGAUCAGAUGUAUUUGUGUCUGUCCCUUUUUGUGUUUUCUUAUAGCUCUCCAACUCAUGGAGUAGAUCCAGGUCAUUCUGCAGAGUAGAUCCAGGUCAUUCUGCGGAGUAGAUCCAGCUCAUUCUGCGGAGUAGAUCCAGGUCACUCUGCGAAGUAGAUCCAGGUCACUCUGCAGAGUAGAUCCAAGCCAUUCUGCAGAGUAGAUCCAGGUCAUUCUGCAGAGUAGAUCCAGGUCAUUCUGCAGAGUAGAUCCAGGUCAUUCUGCAGAGUAGAUCCAGGUCAUUCUGUGGAGUAGAUACAGGUCAUUCUGCGGAGUAGAUCCAGGUCAUUCUGUGGAGUAGAUCCAGGUCAUUCUGCAGAGUAGAUCCAGGUCAUUCUGCAGAGUAGAUCCAGGUCAUUAUGUGUAGUAGAUCCAGGUCAUUCUGUGGAGUAGAUGAGGCAAAUGGGCAUGCAAACCAGGAUUUCUGAUAGAUCUUCAUGACCAAAGUUUUGAAGUGGCUUAGAUAUGACAGGUCACUUGCAGUCAGUCUGAAUUGGGGGCGAAACAGGAACAUUUUUAGACUGUAAAUCAUCCUCCCCAUCCACUGAACUCGGUGCUGAACUCUAGGAGCCUGAAUAUGUAUGUUACUGCAAUCUGCUCUGAAAAAUAUAAGCAACUGUUGCAGUAACUCAUGGUAAUCAUCUCUGGCCUUAAAUUCUGUUAGUUAUUGCAAAAUGAAAUGAAUGAUAUCAUCCUGAACUGGACUCUACAUCUCUAUCUAGACCUGUUACGCACUGCUAUCCGUAGGGAGAAAUUAAUCUCCUAUUUACAUGUAUAGGUUCGUUCCAGAACAGUGCAUAACAAGACGAUACCAAUUGAUAGAAAACCAGAACAGAGAAUAUGACACUCAAAACAGUGCUAAUUACAAUUAAUAAGAUUUAUUUAGUUAUCAAUAUAAUUACAAAAUAAAAGAAAUAUAAUUAAAACCAUGAACUUACAGAGUAGUGUUUCUUGUACCGGCACCGUACAAAAGUUGAUGAAAAUUACAAUGUGCCAAAAGAUAAGGUACAAUGAUGAAUGUGAAGUCACACAUAUAAGUAAACACAGAAUAACACACUCUUGUCUCAUGAAGUAAAAAUAUCUCGUGAUCUUCCUCUCAAUGCUCUCUGAAUCCCCUUAUAUAUAUCUAUAGUUGGUUCUACUGACACACCUGGAAACGUCUUACACAUUGUUAUCCUUUCCAGUUCACUCCCGACCUUUCCACAAAAUUCUAUUAGAACAGACAAUAAAUUUUUAGUUGUUAGUAAACAAGGCCAAGAUCAAAGCGAAGACUAUUCUUGGCAAGCCGCACCCUAAUAGUAGUGCAGCGUCUGCUAGAGUACCCAGCACGGGGAACUAUGACGUAAACACGUCGGCUACAUAACAGGACCAUAUUUUACCUAGACCGGAAAAUUGAGCCCCAAUAUUCACCAAAUGUCUGGAGCUAUUUGAUGUUUGGUCCUGAAGAUGGUCCCAUCUUGUGAUGCCUGCAUGGUAAGCUGAUCAAAUCCCUGUCAGGCUUUUCUUCCAAAAGUAUGAACUCUAGUUUUACUAGCAGUAGUGUCAAAGCAUUUGAACUUAAUGUGAUCAGCGAGGUUCCAUUCUUAAAUAAGAUUAAUCAAUGCAGUUGCUUCUGCAAGUCUGGUUCCAUUUGGCCACUUUGGUACCCCCAACACGUCACUGUUCCAUAUCCUUACACCAGAACUAUAAGGCAGUCAGCAAGCUCCUUCAAAAUUAAAGCAGGCAACCCUUUUUCUAUCCCAAUGUACUGUUUAAUGCAGUUUAGGCCACUAUUUCACAGAGCUUGUGUCUAGUUCUUCUGACUGAUUCUUUGUUAAUUGCUAGGGCUGACAGACUUUGUGCAAGUAAUUCUGCUGACCUGUCUUUCGUUUCAUCUGAAGCAGCUGAUAAACCUGGACUGACAAUAUUGAUUGGCCUGCUUUGCUUCGGUUGACUGGAAGUCUGUUGACUACGAGUUUGUUUCUGAUCGGAGGCCUCAUCAGCAUCACCACUGGUUACACUGCCAUUUAUGAACUCCAUAUUAGUCGCCGCUUGUUGCAUCCAUUCAGCCUCCUUUGCCUUGCAUGUUUUUUUCACCAGCAGCCAUUUUUGAUACCUUUCCGAGCCAACACCAUGUCAACGUAACCCAUGCUACCACGCUUCCUUUUAUCUCUCUGUGCCUGAAGGAAUUCUCUGCUUUCAUGUAACUUUAUCAUGGCCAGAGCUUGAGUGUUUGCAAUGUCAACAAGAUCCUGCAAACUUUCAUUAAAUUGAUGUUCUUUUGCCUUUUAUGUGUUCUUUCUGCGAGAUGGAUUCUUAUUAAUAAAAAGCCAUGACGAAUGUAGGUCCUUUAUCUUUGAUGUUAUGUGGCAGUCUUUUUGAAUAGGAAUAUGUGCCUUGUCCAAGAACUGAACAACUUCCUCCAAAGUUGCUGUGGCAUGCUGAAAUAUUAUUUAAAUCAACCUGUGAAGAUGAAAGUAAAUAUCAACACUUGAUUUGACAGAAGUUUGCUUCUAGUGAUUGUUUCAAAAGUUCCUCCAACCAGUCAUAUACUACCAUCCUUCUUGAGCUAAUCACAACUGAUGACUGCCAUCUCUCCUGAUGAUCCGUAAUAUAAUGGACCUUUCACAGUCACUAUUUGUUGUGAUUAUUUUUGUAUGUUUUUUGUUUCAUUUAGAGGGCUUUAGCCAUUUUAAAGUGGUAAAAAAAAUCAGUAUAUAUAUAUAUAUAUAUAUAUAUAAAUAAGCACUUCUUUAUUUAAAUGACUCAUUUUUUUAUAGUGAUCUGCAAAAUGGCGGUGGUGAAUCGGCAGUGCCGAAUCGUCAAAGAUUCCACUUUUUGUUUGUGAUGCUCUGUACUUAAAUAUUAAUAUUAUUGUAAUUGCAAAGAUGUUAGUUAAAAAAUGUUCUCUUUCUCAAAUAAAACCCUCAGUUAACAUACAAGUACCUAUUGGCAAUUUCAAUGCAAAUUCAUUUUCUUGUUUAUCCAGGCCUGUAGGGGAGAAAACUUAGACGAAGGAGUGCUAGUUCAUGUGACCAAAGAAGGGACAGUAAAAAAUCAAACCAAACCAGGAAGGGAUGCACACGAUGGAUUGAACUCUCAGAUGUGCAAAGGGUGUGAUGGCAAAGUGAUGGGUCUUGAUAGUCAAGAGGAUUUUACGGAUGCUUUAUCUGGAUCUGAUGAUGAAAGGGAGGAAGAUGUUCAUGGUGCAGAGUCUGAUGUGACUGAUGCCAGGACAGGGGAGCAAACCCCAGUAGUUAUCACUCCAGCUGCAUUAUAUAAAGAUUGUCUGGUCAUGUAUGCAACUCCUCCGGGUUAGUAGAGAUUUAAAAGGACUCAAUGGGUUUUAUUGUUAUGUUUUCCUGGUCUGACUAUACUAUUAGCACACACAAACAUCAUCAUUUUAUCAAGUUGGGGGUAACGUUACCAUUUAGGUUAGUUUCUUUAUUUUGAGAUUAAUGUAGGAAACUAAUACUGAUCAUUUGUUUUGGUAUUUUAGUUACUGUAUUUUAAUAACGAUACAAGCCAUUUUUUCUUGGUAUUCAUUAUUUGCUAUUGUUCCUCGCUUAGGUUACUACGCCUGGAGGCGAACAAGUGGAUCAUGGUUUAUUGAAUCAUUGUGUAGAGUUUUGAACUGCAAAGAAACAAGGUGUAAAUCCCUGAUCAAUGCUUUAGUGCAAGUCUGCCGCCGGGUAGCUCAAAAUUAUGAAUCUAACACUCCCAGGCUUCCAGAAAUGCAUGAGAGGAAAGAAAUGCCUGUUAUUCAGUCCAUGUUAGUGAAAGACAUUGUUAUGACGAAGAAAGCAAAAAAUCUUAGUCUCAAAUUUAUUUGAUCCUGUUACAAGUGCUGCUAUUUUUUCCCUCACAACAAAUUAUUUUGGGUACGUUUAAAUUUUAUGACAUAAAAAACGGAUUGCAUCUUGUGUUGAAUAUAUAACAAUCACAGAAAUAACUACAGCUGCAGUUAGAAUGUUGAAAUGCACCUGAAUAAGAUGAUUUGUAACUUAUAUCAGUACCGGUACAUCAUCAGACUUAUGAUUCAUUCUUUCUGUGCUAUUUAAUGCUCUAUUUGCAAUUUAUAACAAAUUAAAUAUCAUUUAUAUGUUAUUGUUUCUACUUGUUGAUUAUUCACCUUAAGGUCAAGGCUAUUUGGUACAUGUUUGUUCAGCUCAGGCGGUACCCCGGUAGUUAAAAUCUUCAAUGUUAUCAGAUUUUACUACUAGUUGGGGUGUUCGCAAAUUAUGUAAUGCAAAAAAUGAUCUUUUCAGACCCCCCCACCCCCUGCCACAAAAUGUCACAAAUUCUUUACCCUCCUCCUAGUGUCACAUCACACCUAAAAAAAAAAAAAAAUCAAAACAUAUAUAAAAUUUUCAUAACUAAACUAAGAUUUGAUUUUAUUCUUAAAAAUUUUCCCCAAAUGAAAUAAGACGUAGUAUUAUUACGAAAUUGUGACAUAAAACAAAGAAGUCAUCCCAGAGCUACUUGUAAAAUGGCCUCAACAGUUUUUGCGUCAUUUUUUGAUAGGCGCAGAAGGUGUGAGCGACUGAUUUUCACAGUAAUUAUAAUACCUGAGGCAAUUUCGACCUAAAUUAAUGUUUUUAAAAUUAAUUGAAUAACGAUUUUUCAAAAUUAAAAAAAAUUUAGAUUUAAAUAAGAAACAAACAAAUUUGUGACGUCACAAAUUUUUUACACCCCUCCCCCAUCACAAAGUGUCACAAAUUCUCGACCCCCCUCCCCCUGAGUGUGAUGUAAUUUGGGAACGACCCCUUUCUAAUAAUAAUACAAUUUGAAUAAUCCUGCUUUCCUCUAACUCCAGUGUGGGCACAACAACAUUGCUCUCAAUGCUCAGUGUCUUAUACUUAUAUGCACAACAACACUACUCUCAAUGCUCUGUAUCUGAUGUUCUAAUAAACCAUUGGUUGAUAAAAUAAUCUACUGGUCUUACAAUGCUUGUUAUAGUUUCCUACAACACUCUUACACUAUAUUGUUUGUUAUAGUGUCAUUCAAACACUCCUACACUAUACUGCUUGUUAUAGUGUCAUUCAAACACACCUGCAUCAUUCAUCUAGGUUAACUAGGGUUAAGUUCACAAUUUUAUUUUAAAUGAGAUUAUUUUAAAAUGUUAACCAACCAAUUUAUUUUUUAGUUUUUACUCCUGCUCUAAUCCCC